AUGGGUGUCAGCAAGACUGUGAUCAAGGAGGGAACUGGUGAAACGCCCGUCAAGGGCCAGACUGUCACCAUCGAGUACACUGGCUGGCUCAAGGACGAGAGCAAGCCCAACAACAAGGGUAAACAAUUCGAUUCUUCCGUCGGCCGCGGCGACUUUGUUGUCAAGAUUGGCGUCGGACAGGUCAUCCAGGGCUGGGACGAUGGCGUCACGCAGAUGAGGGUCGGCGAGAAGGCCACCCUCGACAUCUCUGCUGACUCUGGAUACGGGGCCCGCGGCUUCCCCAACCACAUCCCUCCCAAUUCCGCGCUCAUAUUUGACGUCGAGUUGAAGAAGGUUGCCUAA